UAUUGUUUCCGUUGACUGAACAAAGGAUCAAGAUGCUACAAAUACUUCGGAACGGUGCUAGUUUGCCGGUCAAACAUUUCACGCGACACGCACGACCGAUGGUGCCAGUUUGUGGCAAUUUCGAGCAUAGGUUAACCCGUUCCUUAGCCGAUCACGCCGUACCCGCACGGUCUGUUAGCAGGGUUGGCCGUCUGGUAGUUCCUGGCUUGCGUAAUAAUAUUUCACCGCUUUCGUCGAGAGGAUUCUGUAGCGCCAAAAAUGACUCCGGUGAUCCAAUCGAUCCUCCGCCGGAACCGUCAGCCAAUUACACAAACCAGCUUCCUGCCACCGUUGCAAUACCGGAAGUGUGGCCACAUUUGCCAGUGAUAGCCGCGAAACGAAAUCCCGUUUUCCCGAGGUUUAUGAAGAUCCUAGAGAUCACCAACCCGAUGUUGAUUGAUCUGGUUCGCAGAAAAGUAAAGCUGAACCAACCGUACGUUGGCAUUUUCCUGAAAAAAGAUGACGACAAUCCGAACGAGGUGAUGGAAACGGUGAAAGAAGUGUAUGACAUCGGAACGUUUGCACAAAUACAAGAAAUGCAGGAUCUUGGAGACAGGCUGCGGUUGGUGGUGACUGCACACCGGCGAAUCAAAAUCGUCGGACAGUUGUACGAAGAUCUGGAUGCACCGGCUCCGGGCAAAGAAAUGACAAUAAAAUAUCCGUUCUUUAACACGCAAAUCGCGGUCUCGGUAGACGAACCGGAUGCGGAAAAGCGUCGCCGAAAGCACAAACUUCGCAACAAACAGGUUCGCAAUUCUAACAACGACCACACGGCGGACGGUGCGCCAGUGGAGGAGGCACCCAAGCGGCGGCUGCUGAAGGACGGCGAGCAGCAGCCAUUGUUAAUGGUGGAGGUGGAAAAUGUGAAACACGAAAGCUACAAAACUACGGAGGAAGUGAAGGCGCUCACCCAGGAAGUGAUUAAGACCAUCCGCGAUAUUAUCACGAUGAACCCUCUGUACCGAGAAAGCCUUCAACAGAUGCUGCACCAGAAUCAACGAGUUGUGGACAACCCUGUUUACCUGUGCGACCUGGGCGCCUCUUUGUCGGCUGCUGAGCCUGCUGAAUUACAAGAGAUUUUGGAGGAAAUGGAUAUCCCGAAGCGACUGAUGCUGUCGUUGUCGUUGCUGAAAAAAGAGCUGGAACUUUCCAAACUUCAGGCAAAGAUUGGCCGCGAGGUGGAGGAAAAGGUAAAACAACAGCACCGAAAGUACAUCUUGCAAGAGCAGUUGAAGGUGAUCAAGAAGGAGCUCGGCAUCGAGAAAGACGAUAAGGAUGCAAUCGGCGAGAAGUACCGUGAGCGUAUCAAGGAGAAAGUCGUUCCGAAGGCCGUGGCUGAUGUUAUCGAAGAGGAACUGACGAAAUUAAACUUUCUCGAAAGCCACAGUUCCGAGUUCAAUGUGACCCGGAACUAUCUCGACUGGUUAACGACACUGCCGUGGGGUGUGAUGAGCGAGGAAAACUUGGACAUUGAUCAGGCAACAAAAAUCCUCGAUGAAGAUCACUACGGGAUGGAGGACAUUAAGAAACGCAUUCUCGAGUUCAUCGCUGUCAGCCAGCUGAAAGGUACAACGCAGGGAAAAAUUCUCUGCUUUCAUGGGCCACCCGGUGUGGGCAAGACUAGCAUAGCUCGCUCGAUUGCAAAGGCACUGAACAGAGAAUACUUCCGCUUCAGUGUGGGCGGUAUGACGGAUGUGGCCGAAAUCAAGGGCCAUCGACGAACUUACGUUGGUGCGAUGCCGGGGAAGUUAAUUCAGUGUUUAAAGAAAACCAAAACCGAAAACCCGCUCGUGUUGAUUGACGAGGUGGACAAAAUUGGAAGAGGCUACCAGGGAGAUCCUAGCUCAGCGCUCCUCGAGCUGCUGGAUCCAGAGCAAAACGUAAACUUUCUUGACCACUAUCUGGACGUCCCGGUGGAUUUGUCGAAGAUUUUAUUCAUCUGUACCGCCAACAUCAUCGAUACUAUUCCCGAGCCGUUGCGCGACCGAAUGGAGAUGAUCGAUAUGUCCGGCUACGUAGCGGAAGAAAAGUUAGCCAUAGCCAAGCAGUACCUCAUUCCACAGGCGAAGCGUGAUAGCGGAGUCGAAGACAAGCACAUAACCAUCACCGACGAUGCACUGAACGCCCUGAUUCGAAGCUAUUGUCGCGAAUCGGGCGUGCGCAACCUGCAGAAGCACAUCGAGAAGAUCGUUCGCAAGAUCGCCUUCAAGGUUGUGCGAAAAGAAGCCGAGUUUACCGAAGUCACCGGAGGCAACAUAAGCGAUUUGCUUGGGAAACCGAUCUUCACACAUGAUCGCAUGUACGAGACGACGCCACCGGGCGUGGUAAUGGGUCUGGCGUGGACCGCAAUGGGUGGCUCAGCCCUGUACAUUGAAACGGCGAAGCGACGCUUACUGCAGCACGAUGAAGGAGGCGACUCGAAAGCCCCACCAGCCGAUGGUACUCUCGAGCUGACGGGUCACUUGGGAGACGUGAUGAAAGAAUCGGCCCGGAUAUCGCUCACAGUAGCUAGGAACUUCCUCAAGCAGGAGGAUGGCACGAAUAACUUCCUUGAAUCUAGCCACAUUCACCUGCACGUUCCCGAGGGCGCCACACCUAAGGAUGGUCCCAGUGCGGGUGUCACGAUCGUAACAGCAUUACUUUCGCUGGCCAAGGGACAACCGAUACGCCAGAAUGUGGCCAUGACGGGGGAAAUUUCUCUUAUGGGUAAAGUACUGCCGGUCGGUGGCAUUAAAGAAAAGACAAUUGCGGCCAAACGAAGCGGGGUGAACUGCAUUAUACUGCCAGACGAGAACAAAAAGGAUUUUACGGAUCUGCCUACAUUUAUAACGGAAGGACUGGAAGUGCACUACGCCACGACGUAUGCAGAUGUUUAUCGGAUCGUGUUUCAAGAGAGUAAGAAGUAGAACGUUUAAUGGCUAAACCCAAACUCGCGGCUUAGUUUUCAAUGGCAUAGAAAAGUUUAAAUAAAUUCGUACGGAGAGU